CCUGUGAUGUGGUCUUGAAAUCUAAAUGCUAUAUUCCUGUUGUAUACAGUGUAUUUUUAAACAUACCCUGGCAGUGUGUAACAGUUAAGCUUAUUAGAAUAAACUAUGAUGGGGUACUGUUUUAUUUCCUCUGCUGGCUAGUGGAGAAAAUGCGUUUAACAGCCAAAUUGGGGUAAAAUGUUAAGAUGUGAAGUGUUGUCAGUCAGAACAGUAAGAUUCUGCUGCUGCAGCCCGCUGCCUUUUUGUCUGCCUUUUGCAUUUUUUUUUUUUGGCCACCAGGCGCCACUGCUAUGAAGAGGCUUUGGAUGAGCAAGCCUCAGUGGCAAGCAGCUGGAGCAAGAGAGCAGCCCCUGAACCCAGAGUCACAGCACUUUAACAGAGAGACCUGCCAACAAAUACAAGCACCCACUGCUGGAGUGAUUGCAGCUGAACCACUUCAAUGACUGCAAACAUCAUCAAAGGUACGCCUAUAGGGAGGUGAUGGAGGCUAUGGGACAGGUUUAUUAAGAGGCUUAGCACAGUGGUAAUUGCUCUGUGUAUAAUACAGCCCUCGUUUUCUGCAAAGGAAUACACACAGGAAGGCUUCAUCUUUCUUGAACAUUGGAGCACAUUAAGCAACAAGGACUAUCCAUAUAGACGGGACGGACUGCACUUAAACAAAAAGGGAACUAAUCUACUCAGAAAAAAAGGAUCCUUGGAGGUCCAGAAGCAUUUAAAAUAAUAAGGAAGGUGGGAGAAAACAAAAAAACAGAAGGGAGACCACAUCAAAACAAGGGCAACAAAUCAGCCUCAACACACACAACGCAAGCGGCGUGUGGCGGUCGUAUAUAUCUGACCCUGCCUGACGCUUGUGGCUCGGAAAGGGGGUUAAGGUUCAGCGUGUGGCUGCUCUGUGUGAAUGGAACCACCGGCAGCGAAGCGGAGAUGUACCGCGGUAUCAUCGGCUCCGGCAACCCGGGAUGGGUCACUCAGACACGGGCAGAAGUGCAGAGUCGAGUCGCUGCUGGACCUCAGCGCCAAGAGAGUGGCAGAGAGCUGGGCAUUUGAACAGGUGGAGGAGCGUUUCUCUCGGAUUCCUGAGCCGGUUCAGAAGCGCAUUGUGUUCUGGUCGUUCCCGCGCAGCGAGCGUGAGAUCUGCAUGUACUCUUCGCUGAGCUGCCAGGGCCCCGAGGUGGACAGGGAGGGGGGCAUCCCCUUCCAAAAGGGGGGCAAGCUGCUGGAGACCCCCGGAGCCGUCAGCAGGGUGCUGCAAGUGGGAUUCCACCUGAGUGGUACAGUCCGGGAGCCGGCCAGCCAGGGCGAGCCGGAGCGCGUGUUCCGCGUCUCUAUCAGCUUCGACCGCUGCAAGAUCACCUCGGUGACCUGCAGCUGCGGCAACCGCGACAUCUUCUACUGCGGCCACGUGGUGGCGCUGUCGCUGCACCGGAUCCGCUGGGCUGGCCAGGUGGAGCUGCGCCUGCCCAUCUCCGAGACGCUCUCCCAGAUGAACCGCGACCAGCUGCAGAAGUUCGUGCAGUACCUCAUCUCCGAGCACCACACCCAGGUGCUGCCCACCGCGCAGAGGCUUGCCGACGACAUACUGCAGCUGGGCUCCGAGAUCAACAGGCUGAACGGAGCCCCGGACCCCACUGCCGGCGCCGGGAUCCAGGAUGAGAACUGCUGGCACCUGGACGAGGAGCAGGUCCUGCAGCAGGUCAAGCAGCUGCUCUCCAACGGGGGGUACUACGGGGCGGGCAAGCAGCUACAGUCUAUGUUCAAUAAGGUUCGAGAGAUGCUGCGGAUGCGGGACUCGAAUGGCGCCCGCAUGCUCACUCUGAUGACAGAGCAGUUCAUGGAGGACCCCCGCCUGGCCCUGUGGAGGCAGCAGGGCACCGGCAUGACGGACAAGUGCAGGCAGCUCUGGGACGAGCUCGGGGCUCUGUGGGUCUGUGUGGUUCUGAACCCCCAUGCGAAGCCCGAGGAGCGAGCCAGCUGGCUGCAGCUGCUCACAAAGUGGAACCGCUUGGAUGUGUGCCCGCUGGAGGAGGGGAACUAUAUCAGCGAGACACCGGGCUCCUCCGAGCCCAGCUUGAGACACAGUCAAGCCUCGGGGGGCGCUGUCAGACAGACGGUAUUUGGGAGAGCUAUCCGGUGCUGGGACCUGCACUGGCGGGACCCUCACCUGCAGAGGAUCCUCCGGGGCGACACCUGCACCCCCGGCAGCCAGGGGGCACUGCUCAAACGAGACCAUGCAGAGAAGACGCUGACCUUUGACCCCCAGGGGCGCCCUGUGUGGCUGGGGGAGCAGCUCCCCACAGCCUGUGCCCGUGUCGACGCCCUGCGCUCCCACGGGUACUCCAAAGAGGCCCUGCAGCUCGCCGGCGCUGUGGUGCACACCCUGCGGCUACAGAGGAGACACCAGCUGGAGACCUUCAAGCAGCAGAAGAAAGAACUGCUGCAGAAGGGUGUGACCUCGAUAUCCAAUCCGGAAGGCUGGGUUGGCCACCCCCUGGACCCUAUUGGCUGCCUGGUGCGUACAUUCCUAGAGGCGUGUCGCAGUGAAGAGGACGGGCCCCUCCCCUACUCAGAGCUGGGCUGUGAGCUGAAGAAGCCAGUGUACUCCCACACCCCUCUGCCCUCCUCCCCACCUGGCUCGGGCGAGUCGUAUUUCAUGCUGGCCCUGGAGGUGGCGCUGUGCGGGCUGGGGCAGCAGAGGGCCAUGCCGGAGGGCCUGUAUGCCCAGGACAAGGUGGUGAGGGCGGAGGAGCAGCUCAUCUCCCUGCUGGCUGACAUCCCGCUGGAGGACAGACUGGGGCAGUUGCUGCGCAGGCAGACUCAGCUGCUGCUGGAGGGUGGUCCCUUCAGUGGGCUUGGGGAGCUGGUGCACAGAGAGAGCGUCCCGAUGCACACCUUCGCUCGCUUCCUCUUCUCCUCGCUCCUCCCAAUCGACCCCGAGCUCGCCUACAAAGUGUCUCUGCGAGCGAUGAGACUGCCUGUUCUGGAGUCUCAGUUCCAGCACGCUGACCUCUUACCUUUGAACCCUCUGGACCUGGUGGUGACCAAUCGAUUCCCUCGCUGGUUUAUACUGGGACACCUGGAAACGCGUCAGUGCGAGCUGGCCUCCACCAUGCUGACUGCUGCCAAAGGAGACCCCAAGUGGCUGCGCACAGUCCUGGGUUCGAUCCAGCAGAACAUCCACUCUCCGGCUCUCCUGUUCAAGCUGGCCCAGGACGCCUGCAAGGCCGCCACGCCCCCCAGCUCUGCCCCCGACCUCACCCUGCUCAACGUGGCCCUGGAGCUGGGGCUGCAGGUCAUGAGGAUGACCCUCAACACCCUGAACUGGAGGCGCAGGGAGAUGGUGCGCUGGCUGGUCAGCUGCACCACCGAGAUCGGAAUGGGAGCUCUGAUCAGCGUGAUGCAGGGCUGGUACGCCCUCUUCACCCCCGUCGAGGCCACGUCUCUGGUGGCACUGACAGCCACUUCCCACGCCACGGUGCUGCGGCUGGGGCUGGACUAUGCACAGCGGGAGGAGCUGGGGGGCUGCGCGCGGACCCUGGCCUUGCAGUGCGCUAUGAAGGAUCCCCAGAACUGUGCCUUGCCGGCCCUGACGCUCUGCGAGAAGGACCACGGCGCCUUCGAGGCUGCCUACCAGAUCGUGCUGGACUCGACAGCCACGGGGAUGGGUCACGCCCACCUCUUCACCAUCGCACGCUACAUGGAGCACCGCGGGCUGCCGCUGAGGGCCUACAAGCUGGCCAAACUGGCUCUGUCCCACCUCAGCAUCUCCUACAACCAGGACACCCAUCCAGCUGUCAAUGACGUCCUGUGGGCCUGCUCCCUCAGCCACUCCCUGGGCAAGAACGAGCUGGCAGCACUGGUGCCGCUGGUCAUCAAGAGCGUGCAGUGCGCCCCCGUCCUGUCCGACAUCCUCCGCCGCUGGAGCCUGCCCCCCCUCCCCGGGCGCAGAAACUCGGGGAAAGGGCUGCUGAGCAGCGGCAGCGACGGCAGCAAGACCCCCCUCUGCCAGAUGCUGGAGGCCGCUAUAGGUGCGUAUGUCAACACCACACACUCGCGGCUCACCCACAUCAGCCCCCGGCACUAUGGGGAGUUCAUCGAGUUCCUCGGCAAGGCCAGGGAUACCUUCCUCAUGGCCCCUGACGGGCACAUCCAGUUCGGACAGUUUAUCGAGAACCUGAAGCAGACCUACAAGGGCAAGAAGAAGCUGAUGCUACUGGUCAGGGAACGAUUCGGCUGAACCGAGCGCAUGAGAGGACUGAACUGAACAAGCAAAUAAUGCAACUUGUGAACAGACAAGAAAAGACUUGUAUAUGAAGCUAUAUUGAUUUUAUACAUAUAUAUUUAUAUGUGUGAUUUGGAAUUGACGAGACACCCUUUUUUAUUUGGAUUUACUUCGAGGUGUAUAUGAUAAGACACACCAUCUCCUGGUCUUGGUUUGAAAAAAACUAACCAAAUUAACGGAUGGAUUUGAACCAUUUUUUUUAUGUAGCAAAAUAUAUGCACAAAUAUAUUUAUAUAUGUAUAUGUGACUGCAACUUUUUAAACAUGUUUUUUAAAUAUGCCUGGGGUAAGGGGACAGGGGACAAGGGAAUCACUUUCUUUUUUUGUUUACUUUAAGGUUGUUUCUACUUAUACUUCUGUUUCUAUGUUAUUUAUUUAUUUAAUUUUUGGAAAAAAAAAAAAAGACAAAAAUAA